AUGUUGAAAGAAAGAGAUGCAUUGUUGAAUGAUGUGAAGAAACAUUUGUUGCGAGCGCAUGAGAUUAUGAAAAACAAUGCUGAUAAACAUCGUCGAGAUUUGGAGUUUGAUGUUGGUUCAUUGGUUUAUUUGAAGCUGAGGCCGUAUAGACAGCAGUCGGUGCAGAAGCGUAUUUGUCAGAAGUUGGCUGCUCGUUACUAUGGGCCCUACGAGAUGCUAGAGAGAAUUGGAAAAGUGGCUUAUCGACUACGUUUACCGGUAGAGUCGAAGAUCCACCCAGUGUUUCAUGUCUCUCAAUUGAAACCAGUGAUAGGGCGUGGUGAAAGGGUUACACCUUUACCACCUGUGUUGUCUGUGGAAGAGGAGUUGAUCGUGGAACCGUUGGAGUUGUUGGAUACUCGUUAUAGUGGAGAUGGAUUUUUGGAAGUCUUGGUACAGUGGAAGAAUCUACCGGCGCAUGAGACUUCUUGGAUGAGGAUGAAGGAAUUUAAGACGCAGUUUCCAUCAUACGAGCUUGAGGGCAAGCUCGGUCUACGAAAGGGGGGUAUUGAUAUGCCAUGGAGAGUAUAUAUUACGAGAAGGAAGAGGUCAUUAGAAGAGGAAGCUAGGAAGAGAUCUUUGGAAGAGGAAGCUUUACGUAAUUGA